AUGCGCCACGUUACCGCGUUGUCGUGUUCAGUUACUGAUCACCACAUUUGUAAGAGAGAAGACAUGCGUUCAGUGAAGAAGUUUAAACGUCGUUGUGAUGUGUUUGGCUGCAUGAAAAAUAAAGAAUCGAAUCCAAAACUUUCAUUUUUUUCCAUACCUAUGGGAAAUGAAAGGUUAAAGCGCUUACGGUGGUUGCAACUUAUAGGACGUGAAGAGCUCGCGAGCGUCACUUCACAUCGUAAUCGUGUAUGUGAAAUUCACUUUAACGUUCGAGAUGUGCAAGAAAACAGACAACGCAAACUUUUAAAAAAGAGUGCAUUACCCUGUCUGUUCUUGCCUGCCCCGUUUAAAGUCGAUAAAGAGAUACAAACUUAUUUAUCAAUAUCGAGUACUGCAACGCAGACAGAUGUUAUUCCACCAGCUGAAACAUCUUUAUAUAACUUUACUCAUACUGCCGAAUUACUUAAUGCAGAUACUACUCGAAAAAGAAAAUUAAAGGUAGACUUGCCGGACUGUAAAAAGUGGACAAAAUUAAAGGAAGUUACUAUAGAACAAGAAGAUAUUUUUUAUAAAAUGUGUGAUCGCUUUUUAUCAAAAGAUUUGGCCGAAAUUAUCAAAGCUCAAACCAGACUAAAAUUGACCAAUACCAAUAACAGAUAA